GGCGCCGCGCUCCUCCUGCGGCGGCGUUGGCGGCGGGCGGGAUGCGCGGCCCGGCCCGCGGCAGCUGUGAAUUCUUGUAGAAGAUUGAUAACUCUGCCAACAUUUGUCCACGAUAGAAGAUGGGUGGAUUAAUUUCAAGAUGGAGGCAGGCAAAGCCUUCUACUGUAGAAGUAUUAGAGAAAAUAGAUAAGGAAAUACAGACAUUGGAAGAAUUUAGAGAAAAAAAUCAGAGACUACAGAAACUAUGGGUUGGAAGGCUUCUUCUCUACUCCUCAGUUCUUUACCUUAUUACUUGCUUAAUUGUAUAUUUGUGGUGUCUUCCUGAUGAAUGGACAAAAAGGCUGACAAUGACACUUCCAUUUUUUGCAUUUCCAUUGAUAAUCUGGUGUAUAAGAACACUGCUCAUUUUUUUCUUUUCCAAACGGACAGAAAGAAAUAAUGAUGCGCUGGAAGAUUUAAAAUCCCAAAAGAAAAAAAUACUUGAGGAAGUAAUGGAAAAGGAAACCUACAAGAAUGCUAAACUAAUCCUUGAAAGGUUUGAUCCGGAAUCAAGUGCAAAGGAGACUGAGCUACCAUCUGCUGCAACAUCUGCAACCCCAAGACCUGGACAAGAAAUUCGUCAGAGGACUGCAGCUCAAAGAAAUUCUUCUACACCCCCACCUGCAACUCCUAAACAAGGCUCUCCUAAGUCCCCUGUUCCAGCAUCUCCUAACCUGCAGAAGGAGGGCCCAGCUCUGAGCGGGCUCCCGGAAAGAGCUGCUGCGCCAUCCUUGCAAUCCAAUGUUUUACCACGGCGCCCUGGAUCCCCUGCUACUUCAGUGCCUGGAAUGGGUCUUCAUCCUCCAGGCCCUCCUUUGGCAAGACCUGUUCUUCCUCGAGAAAGAGGAGUUGUGGAUAGAGUUAUUGAAUAUUUGGUUGGUGAUGGUCCUCAGAACAGGUAUGCUCUUAUAUGUCAGCAAUGUUUUUCUCACAAUGGUAUGGCUUUGAAGGAGGAGUUUGAAUACAUAGCAUUUAGAUGUGCCUACUGCUUCUUCCUGAAUCCUGCAAGAAAAACUCGACCUCAAGCUCCACGACUUCCAGACUUCAGUUUUGAAAAAAGACAAACUACAGAAUUGCAAUCUGAAACUGAGCCUCUAGAACCUAGAGAGAGAAGGCCCCAGGAGACUCAACAGACAAAAGAAUCUGAGGAUGAUGGGGCCCAGCUCGUUGAGACAAAUGACACAGAUGAUAAAGCACCAAGUUCUGAGCAUCUAAAUGAUAAGCUAGCUGAAGAAGUUGAAAAAGAAGCAGAAAACAUUUCAACAACCGAAGAGGCUAUUUCAGAGUCUGCUUCAGCUGAACAAAGUGAAGAAUCUUUAAUAAAAGCAGAAUAAAAUACUUCAAGUGCCUUCUGUAGCUAGUUUUUAGCUUUGUUCAUGCCUGUUGUUACUAUUCAGGUGAGCUUUUUUUAAUGGUACAACUUAAAAAUCUUGCUUGGGCUUAAACUGCCUCAACUGCCACAGUGUGUCAAAGCUAUGUGUAGAAGUGGGUAUUGUAAAUUCAGCAUGUGUCUUUAAGUUAACACAUAGAAUGUGUAGUUGGUUGAAGUCUAACAGUUGUAGCCCUCGUUCAGUUUGCAUAUUUAAAAACUUCAAAGUACAAGCUUUGCUGAGGGUGACUUACAAUUAGACAUCUCUUUAGCUGUCACACAUUAAGAGCAAUUACUGGUGGUAAUUGACCUAACAGGUUUGGUCUAGUGAACUUAAGAUGCUUUUUAAUGCUGCCCUGUUAAAAUGGAUUGAGUACACGUUUAAUACACAGAUGUUUACAAGCUACAGUGUCAUCCGACAUUUGACUUAAGCAUAUGGAAGUGUCAAUGCAGUGGUGUUAAUAUUAUUCAUUGUCUAACUUCUUGACAGAAUUCAGUUAAAUGGCACUUGGAUAAAUGGCAUCACCUUUGGUGUUUGCAUUGCAGAUGAACCAGAGGCACCUACAUGCAAAACUGUUUUGUGUUUACAUGAAAUAUAAGAAGUCUCUGCACUUGAUUGUACUUGAAUACAAAGCACUAUUUAUACCUGUACUAUAAUGACAAGAUAUAAGUGAAUUUUGUGCCUUUGUGUAUUUUGUUAAAGGAAAAUAAAGACAUCUAGCAGCAAUACUUGCUUUGUGAUUCCUAAAACUGAAGAGAAUUCCUGUUCUGCUGUAUGCAGCUAUUCUACAGUUACUUUGUGCAACUUCAGAAGGACUGUGCCACCUUAAAAGGAGCAUGUCUAUUUGUAGCUAAGGUGGCUUUGAUAGAAUAGAAAUGGGUCCCUGAUGAAAAGGGGAAGUGCAUGUGAAUUUGCCAAAAGGCUUUACUAACUGUACCUAAAGCUAGUUGAUACUAUUUAAUGUUACAAUUGCAAUGAAUAUUUGCUGCUGGAUUACUGAAAAUGUAAUUUUUUAAAUUGCAUUGCUUUUUAAGAUAAGGACAUUUGUUACACAUUUCCUGUUAAAUGUAACAGCUGGGAUCCUGGAUUGGAAGUUUUCUGGUGUCUGUGAGGUACCUAAGUCAAUCAGAUUUUUUUAGAAAUAAAUGCUGAACAUAUGUGACUUGGUUGACUUAGUAAUUUUUCGAUAAAAGUUUUAUUUUGUACAGUGUUGUGUACUUCACUACAGAGAGAGGCAAAUUUCAAAACCAUUUUUAAUCUAAUGUCUUGGUUCCAAAGGGAAGUGUUUUUUACACUGUAAAGACAAUAAAACCCCUCAGUCUUAGCAGUUUGAGAGUCCUCUACAAGAAAAGCAUGUUUCUCAAUGUAACCUUAGUAUCAAUGUCUUUAUACAAGACAUAAUUAUUACACUAACAACAGCAGUUAAUUUUCUUUCUCAGCUACAUGCUUUAUUUUCUGAUUCUUUGGGGAUAGUUUAGAAGCUCAGCCUCGCAUCAGUCAGAAACAAGUGUGGUCUGUGUUUAGAUUAAGAAGGAAUUUUUUUCUGUUUUACUAUAUUAAUUGCAAUUAAUAUUUUAUUUAGCAGUCUUAAUAGACAGAAUGUAGGCCUGUGAUUAAAUGAGUACUCAUAGGUGUUUGUCUAUAUUUACAUGAACAAUUAGCAAGUGGGCAUUUUAUGUGUGACUAUCUUAGUUGGGAAUACAAAGAAAAUAGUCCCUUUUCAGGACAUGUUUUACAGUAUGAGAAAAGUACAGGGUACAAAGGGAUAGGGGAAUUAACUCUUUAAUACUUUCAGAGAAUAUAUUUUAGAUUACAGAAUUUAUUUUAAAUGGAAACAAUUUUGCCUGAAAGGUGGCAAAUCUUACUUAUUUUUUUGUAGGUUGCUAAUCUCUACACUGCAUUUUGUGCCUCACUGAUUUAUCUGCUUAAAGGCUUAUUUUUUUGGAGAGAAAACAAAUGACAGACCAUAGAAGCUGGAUUUGUAGAAAACUCAAGCAACAAAGACCUUCCAGCUCUUCUCAAGUGGUUUGCCCUCUAAUUCCUUGCAUCACUUCAAGGAGUUCUGCUCCAUUGAUGAAACUUAAUUUUUGACUUGUUCAGCACUCAAAAACAUUUUACAAAACCACCAAGAAAAUUCCUUUUUAAGAAAACUGGUUUGAAUUAUGUUUUAAAGGAAAUGUGAAAGUUAUUUCUUUAGGAAUGUUUGUACUUGCAUUUUUUGUAUAGUGAGCUUUUAUUUAAACAGGAGUACCUGUAUAUUUAUAGAUGCUAUUGUUGUAAUAGCCUUGUUGCAUUAGUAAAGGGUAUGUUUGUUUAUGUACUAUAAAUAUUAUCUUUAAUCAGAAAUAUUAUCUUUAAUCAUUCUAAUCCUAGCUGUAGCCUUGACUAUACAUCACCUGCAGUUGAAAUUCCAUUAAAAUCAAUGGCAAAAACAUUAAUUAGUGUGAAUUCUUAGGCUCUAAUAGACUUCCUGA